AUGGAGAUGCCCUGGGGCACCGCCUCCAACGGCAACAAUGCCGCUACUAGCGGAUACCUUUACAAUCCCUCCCAGGCCGCUGCAGCGGCCGCUUAUCAAUUUCCCUCCCAAUAUGCCGCCGCUGCUAUGAUGCGCCAUGCUCGACCAGCAGAGUCUCAGCAACAACAACAAGCACAACAGCAACAGCCGAGACAAGUAGCCGAGUCCACUGGUGCAACCCAGCAGCAGCAGGUGCACUGUCUUCCGAAUGGAACCCAAUUUUUGAAAUACCCAGAGCUGGAAGGCUAUCGUAUGGCCCCACACUGA